AUGACUCUGGCUUUGCACAAAGCCAAACUCCUCGUAUGGGGGGCCACACCUGAAGACCCUAAGGAGGCGAGACUAUUGGUGAAAAUUGACUGGUUUGUGCUUUCAUUUGUGUGUCUUUUGUACUGGGUCAACUAUGUUGAUCGACUCAAUAUUUCUAACGCAUACGUCUCCGGGAUGAAAGAAGACUUGAAUAUGCAUGGAAACGAGUUCAAUGUGAUCAACACAUGCUUUACGGUGGGAUAUGUUGUGUUUUUGAUCCCCAAUAAUUUGAUUUUGUUGAAGGUUAGACCUCGGUAUUGGCUUACAUUUUGUGCUAUAGCUUGGGGACUCUUGACUUUGGGGAUCUACAAGGUUACCAACUUCCGCCAGAUCUGUGCUAUCAGGUUCUUUCAAGCUGGGUUCGAGAGUUCAACUUUUACAGGUGCUCAUCUCAUUUUGGGGUCUUGGUACAAGGAAGACGAAUUGACUAAACGAAGUGCAAUUUUCACCAGCGCAGGUCUUAUUGGGAAUAUUUUCAGCUCCACAAUGCAAGCGUCGAUUUUCGAAACCAUGGAUGGAAAAAAUGGGUUGGCGGGCUGGAGAUGGUUGUUCAUAAUUGACUUUGUCAUCACCAUUCCAAUUGCAAUUUAUGGCUUCAUUUUCUUCCCUGAUACUCCAGAAACAUGCAAAGCGUUCUACUUUAAUGCCGAGGAGAAACAACUAGCGGUUUCAAGAAUGCCAAAGAGACCGCAAACCAAAUUGGAUAUUUCAGUUUUCAAGCGAGUGAUAGGAAGAUGGCAUUGGUGGCUCUUGUCGUUUCUCUGGGUUAUGGGAGGAGAAAAUGAAUCCUACGCUACGAAUUCUUUGUUUGCAUUAUGGCUCAAGUUCUACAACUACACCGUGCCCCAAAUCAACCAUUAUCCCAUGGGAGUUUAUGGAGUGGGAGUGGUAGCGACAUUCACUUUUGCACUUUACGUUGAUGGGACUGGUGCCCGAUAUCACUGGAGAAUUGGAGUCUUGAUUGGGAUUUGCAUGUUGGUGUCGACAAUCAUGCUUCUUGCCAAACCACACCAUGACGCAAUAGUAUUUGCAGCCCAGUAUAUCUCGGGAAUAUCCUAUGCUGGCCAGGCCACUUUCUUCGCUUGGGCCAAUGUGAUCUGUGCCAACGACCUCCAGGAGCGUGCGAUCGUCUUGGCAUCGAUGAACAUGUUCAGCAAUGCCGUCAAUGCGUGGUGGUCGAUUUUGUUUUAUGGUGCUGAUACGGCACCCAAAUUUCGCAAAGGCUGCUAUGCCAUGUUGGCCACAUUGCUCACCAGUGUUGCGACAGUCUGUGUCAUCCGCUACCUCCAGAUCCGCGAAGAGCGGCAAGAAAAGACUUUUGUUGAAGAACAAGUCGAAAACGUAGACUCCAAGUCGCAGCAUUUGGUUCGAUCGACGUCAGUUUCGUCCGGUCAAAUAUCUGUAUGA